CAGCGUUUGGGGAGGGUACAUUGGCACAGCAAACAUGGCUAAAAUAGCCUAUCUUCUUACCACUCUUUUAGUGGCUUUAGUGUCACUUAGCUUCCCUUCAGAAUGCAAAGCAAAUUACUACUAUACAUCUCCACCCCCACCAACCCCAGUUUAUAAGUAUAAGUCUCCGCCACCACCAGUUUAUAAGUACAAGUCACCACCACCACCACCUCCCGUCUAUAAAUCCCCACCACCACCCGUUUAUAAGUAUAAAUCUCCACCACCACCUCCAGUUUACAAGUACAAAUCUCCACCACCACCUGUCUACAAGUACAAGUCUCCUCCACCACCACCUCCAGUUUACAAAUACAAAUCUCCACCACCACCUGUCUAUAAGUACAAGUCUCCUCCACCACCACCUCCAGUUUAUAAGUACAAAUCUCCACCACCACCCGUAUAUAAGUAUAAGUCUCCUCCACCACCACCUCCAGUUUACAAGUACAAAUCUCCACCACCACCUGUCUAUAAAUACAAGUCUCCACCACCACCGGUCUACAAGUACAAGUCUCCACCACCACCAACUCCAGUUUACAAGUACAAAUCUCCACCACCACCCGUUUAUAAGUACAAGUCUCCACCACCACCCGUCUACAAGUACAAGUCUCCCCCACCACCCGUCUACAAGUACAAGUCUCCACCACCACCCGUCUACAAGUACAAGUCACCACCACCACCCGUCUACAAGUACAAGUCUCCACCACCACCCGUCUACAAGUACAAGUCUCCACCACCUCCAGUCUAUAAGUACAAGUCUCCACCACCACCCGUUUACAAAUACAAGUCUCCACCACCUCCAGUCUACAAGUACAAAUCUCCACCACCACCUGUCUACAAGUACAAGUCUCCACCACCUCCAGUCUACAAGUACAAGUCUCCACCACCUCCAGUCUACAAGUACAAAUCUCCACCGCCACCUGUUUACAAGUACAAAUCUCCUCCACCACCUCCUCCAGUUUACAAGUACAAGUCACCACCACCACCAGUUUACAAAUACAAGUCACCACCACCACCCGUUUACAAAUACAAAUCACCCCCACCCCCAGUUCACAAGUCUCCAGCCCCUUAUUAUUACACUUCUCCACCUCCUCCUAGCCACUACUAGUUUCACACUGUCAAACAAGGACCAGAGGAAUAAGAAGGAACAGCUCCAUGGGAUCAGAAUAAAUUGAAGAGUUUUAAAGAAGUAGUAAUUAAUGCCACAAAGGGACAUUUAUCUUAUUUUGUUUUGUGUUUUGUGCCAUUGACUUCACGUAGUUGUAUAUUUCGUGAAGUUCUUGAAAUAUUUAUAUAUUGGAUGCAUGUAAUAUAUAUUUAUUUACGUACCAUAGUCGUACAUGUUUAUGUGCUUUUGAAUUUUUGACUUCUUGAAUUGUAUAAGUCAGUACUUUGUAAUAAUAAGAUCAAUAAGUUCAUUGAAUAACAUUGUUGUGAUUUCCUUUUCCAAA